GCGCCCGUCACGUGACCGGGGAGCGGCGGGGAAUGGCACGUGACCGGCGCCGCGGCUUGGCUUUGGGGCACGGGCUCUUUCUUUUGCUCCCCGUUCCCGGUCCCAGUCCAAACACAGGCCUGUUCCCAAUCCCGUUACAGAGGCGCUGGGCUCGGCCCGGCACCGCCCCAUUCCCGUAACACCGGCCAUGACGGAAAGCACCGGACAGCCCGGCACGCGCGGCUCCGCCCUUUCCUGCGGGCCUGCCCAAUGGGCGCGCAGGCCGCGGUUUAAAUGGCGGGGGCGGGCCCGGGCCCGGGUCGUUGGUGCCGCCAUGGGCAGCGCUGAGGGCGCAGAUUGGGUUGAUGUUGCCAAUGAUCUUUUAAGGACCUGUCAGAUAAACCAGCACAUAAAGCAUCUCUCAGAAUGUGGUGCUGACCUGUUUGUUCGUCUUUAUGAGUCAAUCUUAGGAGAGAAAGUACCAGAUUUCAUUGCUACUCCCAGAAGCCAAGAGGAUGAUGCACAUAAUGUACAAGCAGUAAUAGAUUCCCUGGCAUUAGAUUAUUUGCAGGUCAGCUUGUCUCAUAUCACGGGUGAAAACAUUGUGAAAGGAGACAGAGAAUCUAUCAAAAACCUCCUCGAAAUAUUUGAUGGUUUGUUAGAAUAUCUUAGAGAAGUCAGUGAAACAUCUUCUCAGACUGGAGCUGAGCUAAAUGUGCUGUCCAGUGGUGAAAUUCAAAAUGCAUCUCAAGAGCAGCUGGAAAGCACUGCUGAUCAACUUACAGAGCAUACACUGCUCUCGUCAGUUGAAAGGUCCCAGUCAGAAUAUUUUAUUCCGACUUGUGAUACAGAUGGCUCAGGAUCUACCAGUGAAUUAAUUAAACUUGGAGAUACUGCUUAUUCAUUUUCCAAGAGAGAGGAAGAAAAGGAUGCGGGAGAAGAAGAAUCUGAAAGCACGGAGGCUCUUGCAGCAUUGCCCAGACAGUUCUCAGAAAGUGAAAGGGGGACUGUAAAUGAAAGGGAAGAGGGAGGGAUGGAGUCUGUUCAUGCUGCUGAACCUCACAAAGGGAGUUUGAGUGUCAGUGCUACAAAACUGGGGGAGCCUAUCCAGCAGGCAAUUCCUCUGCUGCCCCCGUUCCAGCCCUCGGAUCCGGGAUGGAGAGAUCACCACAGCUCAGACAGACAGACAGCAGCUCUGGCUUGCAGUCAAGCAGUGAACGUUCCUACUAUUGAAAAGUCACUUACCCAAAAAUUUCAUGAUGUUUCUGAUGGUCUUCCUCUAUCCAGAAAGAUCCCUGUAGGCACGGUGCCAUUAACUCACACUUACCUGUCAUCUGCUUCUGCAGUGGGAGAUGAUGCCAAGGACAAUGUGACAAAGGUGCCUCUGGUACGUGAGUCUUCUAAAUCCAGCUCUUCUUUUGAGGAAAAGCUCUCACAAUGUGCUGAACAAGUAACACAAACCCCAAGACCUGAAUCUCAGCACUGGCCUCGAACAACAAGCAAAUACGAAAAUUGCAUCACAGAUUCAGCUGAAGAUUCACUUUCCCACAGAACAACAAAGGAGAAAGUGCCUGAGCAAGAGUUUCAUGAAGCAUCAGAAAAUCUGUCUCGCAGGCUAAAUGAAAUACAUUUAAUGUUGAAGAGAGCUUUGGGUGAGCAAACAAGAGAAGAGGAGCUGACAGAUGAGGACAGCCUGUCCCACCACAGUGACAGUGUCAUGGACUAUGGCCGAAGGACAGCUGGGAGAGGCACAUCACGUCCAAGGUACCGGGGCAGGCCAAGAUCCCUCUCUCCAGCCUCACCCUUAUCUCAGCACCAGGAACACAAACUGAGUGGCAGUGGAACAGGCCAGAUAAAGACAAUACGCAGGCACCUGCAGGAAGAAAGGGAUGAAAGAACAAGAAAAGCAAAGCUGGUCACUAAAGCUUAUGAAAAUGAGCUAAGAAAUUUUGAAGCAAGGGAGAAGCGUAGAAUUUCCAAGCUCAGAGAAGCUGCCAAGGAAAUGGAACAAGAGUACAAAGAAAAUGUCUUUCAAGAACCUCCAAAAGUGUCUCAGCGAGUGAAAGUUUAUUCUAGAAAAACCACACCUCAGUAUCCCAAAUACAGCCAGUGGAUUCCAAAACGAGGGAUCAUGAAGCCAAAGCAAGCAGCUCCAAUGACAAUAAGAGACAAUGACCUCCUCUUGCAGCUCCUGGAGGAGUUUCCCCACCUGCACAUUUCCCCCCGUACUCUGAAUAAAAUGUGGCAUCAGCAGCUUGCACAAACGGUGCACCUCAAGGCACCCUCUGCCAGACCUAGGCCAAAACUCCAGAAUGAAGUUGAACAAGCCUUGAAGAAACAUGAGCUGCUUGCUGCAAUUAUUAAGAGAGAUCAAGAUCACAGCAAGAGACUGCAAGAAAUCAAGCAGCGCAUCUACCGCCAGAAGUGGGCUCAGAACAAGGUGACGGAGAAGCGGCAGCAGGUGGCGCGGGCCAGGAAAUACUACGAGGAUUACAGGGUCCAGCUCCGGGCCAAGCUGCUGCGGGCGAGGACGCGCGAGGAGAAGAUAUUUAAAAAAUUAUUUGAGGAAGGCUUAGAAAUUCAGAAGCAAAGACUGAGGGACCUGAGAGUUUAUGCUCGAGAGAAGCGAGAUGAGCAACGGAGAGAGCACCAGAUUGAGCUGGAGUCUCUGGAGAACUACUACAAAGAUCAGUUUUCCAUGCUAGCAGAAGCUAUAUCUCAAGAAUUCCAAGAAAUCCAAACCAGAGAGAAAGCACAAGCACAAAUGUUACAAAAAUCAAAAAGCGAAGUGAGAUCAAAGAUGGAAAAGGAAAUACAGCAACUGCAAGCAGCAAUCAUGCACAAUGAUGAUGACACCUUUUUUCAAGAACUAGAAGCAGACAGACUGAGAUCCAGACUUCAGAUCGCUUCCUUCCAGUACAGCCAAAGCCACUUCUUCUGAGACUUGGGAAGAUGGUGUAGCUUUGCUGAGUUUUGAGGAGACAUCUGUUCACCAGUGCUGAGAUAAAGUCCUUGCCAAGCCAUGCCAGUACCUGAGAGCCAGAAGUAAGACCUGCUGUGUUUGACUAGAACAUUCAGUACACUCCUCACUGUAGGUAACAGCAUGUAGGAAGUCACCAGGUUUCAAGUAUUUUCUCCUGAAAUAAAGUCGAGUUACUUGAAAAAGA